GUGUACAGUUUAGACCCCGUGCACCUGCGGGCACCCUGGGUCCUCGUGUCGCCGCCUCUGUUCUAGGGCUUUGGUCACCGCCCUUCGGGACAUCGAUUGUGAACGUUGGGGCGACCUGAAAACAAGAAAGUAGCGAAGUGUUCUACUGCCCUGGUAACGCCGUUAGAGUACAUUGGCUUGGAACUUGGGCACUGCGAAACAUUAGGAAGGCAUACUUGCCAUUGACGUAGUUUUUGAGCAUUGGAAUUGCGUAGUUUUCGGUAUUUUUGGCAGCUGCCAGGCCGUUCAUUUGCUUUAAAAAUGACAGAAGCGAUACAGAAAAAAUUUCAUGCAGAGGUUGAGAAGUACAAGCUGUUGCAGAAAGAUCUUCAAAAAGCCUUGGCUGCUCGUCAAACCCUUGAUGGCCAAAUGAAUGAAAAUGCUCUGGUCAAAGAGGAGAUGGCUCUGCUGGAGGAGGGGGCCCGAGUCUACAAGCUGAUCGGCCCUGUUCUGGUGAAGCAGGACCCGGACGAGGCCGUGCAGAACGUCUCCAAGCGCCUCGACUACAUCAAGGGCGAACUGAAGCGGCACGACGACCUGCUCAAGGACCUGGAGGCCAAGCAGGAGGCCAGCCGGGAGGAGGUGAGCAAGCUGCAGCAGCUGCUGCGACAGACGCAGACCAAGGGCUAGCCGCCGCUCCGGACCGCUGCGGAGUGCUAUCGCCUCGCCCUGCCGGAUCUCUGGUGCUGGACUGCUGGUGUGCUGCGCGGCGCCCGGGGAGAGCGGACCUCCGCCGAGGGACCGCAGCUCCGGUGUGGGACUGGGCGCGCGCGGCGCUGAUGGCCGGAGUGGCGGCGUGCUGCCGCGAGGGGGGGGGGGGGGGGGCGUGUCGAGCGCUUGCUUCGUUUCGCUAAUGAUCUGCCAGUCAGGCGUCGUUUCCGGAUGCCCGGCACUGGCUAACUGUUGGAAAGUAUUAACAGUCGUUCGCUGUGUUGAGCUAAUACAGCCCAGCUGCAGAGAA